ACGAAUGCGUAAACUUUUGAUCUCCACUGUCAGUUGGAGUUAACGGCCACUGCGGCAAAAUUGUAAAUAUAUGUUGCACCCAUACAAAUGCGCAGUCACCGGUAACUUCCAACUGACUGGAAGUAAAUAAGCAACAAAUUGAUUUGCAAUUUUGGUUGCUAAGCUGAUGCAAAUUAGGCAUCGACACAGUUCGUCUUAAAAUCGCGCCCGCGAAAGUUCAAAAAGUGCUCCCCAGUGACAAGUGAAAAUUAAAGACAAUACAAAAAGAAACACAUAUACGUACAAACAGUGAACAGUGCAAAGUGGUAUAAAACUACAACAUACAAAAAUACCUACAAAACAUAAAAAGGAGACCCAGCAUAUUCGAGGAGAUAAAACCAGAAAAGCCCAGAAAAGACCCAGAAAUUCGUCAAAAUAUGGCUGCUUAUCUACCAAAUCAGGACUGGCGUCUGGAAGACCGGAGCCGCAGCCCCAGUAACUCAGCCCGGAGCCCCAACCGCCCAACCCCACAACCCAAUCGAACAGCCCGCAGUCCUAACCAGCCACCGAGAAGCAGACGUGAGGCAAGGCCCAACCGACGCCUUUUAAACGAGAGACCCAGCAACUGGCAGUACUCCUGUGGACUAUGCCAACAGGACCACAGCCUUUAUUCGUGCCCGGUGUUCCGGCGACAGACCCCGUUUCAGAGGUAUGAGACAGUGGAAAGACGUGGGUAUUGUCGGAACUGUCUGGCAAGGAGCCAUCUUGCCCCCGAUUGCCCCAGUCUGGAUGGCUGCAGGCGUUGCGACAGCAGGCACCAUACGACCCUGCACGGGGCAUCACAGCUGGAUGAGGUGCCUCUGAAUAUGGAUGCUAUAAACGCACCAGUCUUUGCAUGGGAUUUGGUGUUGGUGCCCACCGUAAUGAUGAGGUUAAUGGCCGAAGGGAUGGAAGGUUUCGUAAUGGUGCGGGCACUGAUGAGCCAGUCGGCAACUAUGACCACCAUUUCAUAUGCGGCAUAUAGGCGGUUUGGCCUGCAGCACCGCAUAUAUAAGGGGCAACGCAUAACCACAUUCACGAUACGACCCAGAAGAAUUAGCAGCAGCUGGUCGCUGCAAGUAAAUGCGGUGGUGAGCGACAAACUCCCCAGGCGACUUUAUUCGGAGGCUCUGUUGGAAGACCCCACCCGGGGCUUCACUAAUUACGCCAUCGCCGACCCAGAUCCUAGGGGGAACACGCCUAUCGAUGUGGAAUUAGGGGCGGACACAUACAAUGCGAUUCGCAAAAGUGGGUGUGUGGCGGUUGGAUUAGGGGAUGUACGGGCUUUCAACACACAACUGGGAUAUGUGUUCGCUGGACCGAUCCGGAACAUGCCUGCUGCCGAAAAUUGUAUGGAGCAAGCGGAAUUGAAGAUUUACACUUGUCACUCGGGGGCCCAGAAAUGUUUACGAAUGCGUAAACUUUUGAUCUCCACUGUCAGUUGGAGUUAACGGCCACUGCGGCAAAAUUGUAAAUAUAUGUUGCACCCAUACAAAUGCGCAGUCACCGGUAACUUCCAACUGACUGGAAGUAAAUAAGCAACAAAUUGAUUUGCAAUUUUGGUUGCUAAGCUGAUGCAAAUUAGGCAUCGACACAGUUCGUCUUAAAAUCGCGCCCGCGAAAGUUCAAAAAGUGCUCCCCAGUGACAAGUGAAAAUUAAAGACAAUACAAAGUGAACAUUUAAAUUAACAAACAUAAUUAUAGAACAUUGUCAUACAACACACAACAACCAUCAUCAAAAAAAAAAAAAAUAUUUAAUCACCCAAUAUCCAACACGAAGAACGUUAAACAAAAAUUAUUACACAAUAUACAAAAAAUACAUGAAUUUCCACACACAAAAUCAUAUACAACACUUACACGAAUUUAGAAAGAAAAUACACUAAAAAUUAAACUCAUUAUUAAACUUACACAACAUAUAAACAUUUGAAAUUGCCACAUAAAACAAACCACUGAAACCACUGAAAAAUUCUGUUUUUAUAUUCCAAUAAAGAUUGUGCUCAAAUUGAAUUUUAAAUGUGAAAUAAAUGUCUUGUUAAUUAAAAAAGGCAGACCAUAGGUA